AUGUUUAAACUUCCAUUCGCGCCUUAUCCAGGCCAACUUGAAUUUAUCAAAAAUGCUUACGAUGUAUUUGAAAACUGCGAGGUGGGCUUGUUUGAAUCGCCAACUGGCAGUGGUAAAACCAUUUGCUUACUUUCUUCUAGUCUUUCUUGGCUUAAAAAUAAUAGAUUAUUUGACCACACAUUGGAUUCAGCUUGUAAUAGCGACAAAACAAAUUUGCCGUCCUGGGUUAAACAUAAAAUUGCCAAAUUAAAUGUAGAAUGUCAUAAACGAAAGUUAGAUGAUAGAUAUAAUCGCAUUAGUAACAUUCGCCUUAAGGUUAAUAAUUAUUUUGAAUACGAUGACAAUCACAAUUUGCAAAUUAAGCUUAAAAUGGCAGACAAAAAUUUUGAUUCUAGUUACACUAAAAAAAUGGCAGUUGAAUUAACCUCAAAUGUUUCACAUAUAAUACCCUCUUUCGAUGAAUUUGACACUAAUGAUAAAAUUCAAAUUAUAAUUUGCAGUCGGACCCAUACACAGUUAAAUCAGUUUAUCAAAGAGGUUAAGAAGUUAGAUCCUCAACUUUACUGUGAUGUUCGUUUCGCUAUUGCAUCUAGUAGACAAUAUUUAUGCGUGAACAAACAUAUACUUUCCACAUCUAAAGGCUCUGUUGAGUUAUUGAAUGAUGAAUGUAGAAGAUCAAAAUGUCAAUUUAAAUCGAACAUCACUCCUAUAAUUGAGUCAACAAUAUCAUAUCCGUUAGAUCAAUCUGAACUUCGAUUAAUUGGGUCAGAAAAUUGUCUCAGUUCCUGCCCUUAUUAUGCCUCAAAGCACACGAUUAAAUAUGCAGAUGUGAUACUUGCCCCUUACAAUUUUAUUAUAAAUAAAAGCCUAAGAGAAUCCUCUGGUUUAAAAAUUGAUCAUAAUAUAUUAAUAUUUGACGAAGCACACAAUUUGGGUGAUGCAAUAACGAAUUCUACAUCUGUAAGUUUCACCACAUACGAUUCACUUAUCCUUUUAGAACAGAUUCGGAUGUACACCAAUAAAUAUAAUUCAAUUUUGCCCCAGGAUACAAAAUUUAAUCUUGGUACCAUUACGAAAUUGUUGGAAUCAUUUACAAAUAUAAAAAUUUGUGUUGAUGAAAAGGUUAUUGACAUAUCACAGUUCCUGGUUGAAUGUGGCAUAGCAACAUUGUCUAUUCAUUCAAUUAUUGAUUUUUUAACCAAUUCCGAAAUUUGCCUCAAGAUUCGCAGUUAUGCUGAGGGGUUAUACUCAAAACUAGAAUACAAUUAUAAUAAGGAGACUAGCAUAAUUUAUAUGUUUAGGGAAUUCCUCAACUGUAUAUUACUAUGUACAAAAGAUGAUAAGAUUAUAAUAUCACAUCAAAAUGAAACACCUUACUAUGAAGGAUUGGUUUCAAAAUUUAUAAAUGAUACUUAUUUAAAAAUUGAAAUAUAUAGUCUUAGCAUUUUUGAUUCAUUCUCAGAAAUUAUAACUUCAGCUAGGAGUGUUAUGCUGGUAAGUGGAACUUUGACACCCAUUCAUGAGUAUCUAAUGAUGAUUCCUAGUACAAAGGAUAAGGUUAGAAUUUUUAGGAAUCCAGGCAUAUUUACUAUUGAUAAAAUUUAUUGCAAUAUUAUAUCAACCACUCCCUCAAAUAAUAAUGUUUUAAACUUUACACAUGAGAAACGAACUGAUCGUAAUACUAUGGAGGGACUGUGUCAAAUAAUUAGCAACUUAUCAUUGGUGGUUCCUGAAGGUUUACUUGUAUUCUUCACUAGUUUCAAUUAUAUGCACUCUUUUUUAACGUUUGGAUUAGGUAAUAGGUACAAAAUGAAUCAAUUCGAUGGUCCUCUAUCUUCUUUAAAAAAAAAUAUAUUCAUUGAAGGAACUACCCCCAAUUUGAUGGAACAAUAUACUAAAUCGGCUAUUAAUGGUGCAGUUUUAUUUGCAAUAUUUGGGGCUAAAUUCAGCGAGGGAAUCGAUUUUUCUGACCACUUAGCCAGGGCUAUAAUCCUUAUUGGACUUCCUUACCCUCCUGAAUCCAGUAAAUUGAAAUUGAAAGAGCAAUAUUACCGCAUUAAAUCGCAAUCAACUAUUGGUAGUAGAACAACACAAAUUGACUUGUCGUCGCAGUUGAAUAUACUGAAUAUUAACGAUAUAAAAGCAUCACUAAUGACUGAAACAGUUAAUCUGCGUAAGAUAAUAUGCUUUAAAACUAUUAAUCAGGCAAUAGGUCGUGCCAUUCGCCAUAUAAACGAUUAUGCUGCCAUAAUAUUGAUCGAUAACCGCUAUUUACAGCAAUCAAAUAUCAGUUUUUUAUCUCAAAAUGUAUACAAAUCAUUACACUAUCGUCGCAUGGCACCUUAUACAAAAAAUAUUAACCUUGAUAAUGUAAAAAAGAUUGUCAAUUACAAAUUACUAACUGAAGAAUUCACACAACUAUUAGCAGAGUUACAGGAGUUCUAUCAGAUAUUGAAAUGUAAAAUUAAUUCUUGA